AUGCCGGGUUUGGUCUCCGUCAAAACCCCGCCCGACUCCACCCCGCUCCGAAUCUCAGUCCCGGAUCCCCAACCCCAGCCCCAAAGAUCCGAACCCGCCCCAAUUUCCAAACCCCCCUCGCCCCACCCUAAAAAACCGCCAUCCCCCUCCCGAUCCAAACCCUCACCCACCCGAUCUAAGAAGCCCCAACCCGCUUCCCCCGACCCGAUUCUCGCCGAUGCCUCACUCGACAACCCGGAUCUCGGCCCGUUUCUCCUCAAGCUGGCUCGAGACACCAUUGCCUCCGGCGAAGGCCCGAACAAGGCUUUGGACUAUGCGGUCCGGGCCGCCAAGUCGUUCGAGCGGUGCGCCGUCGAAGGCGAGCCCAGCCUGGACCUAGCGAUGAGCUUGCACGUGCUGGCGGCUAUAUACUGUAGCUUAGGCCGGUUCGAGGAAGCAGUUCCGGUUUCUGGACCGGGCGAUUCGGGUACCCGAUGUCCAGAGAGGUUCGGAUCACGCGCUCGCGGCGUUCUCGGGGCACAUGCAGCUGGGGGACACGUACUCGAUGCUGGGACAGGUAUCUACCCUGGAGAAAGGGAUAGAUUCUUAAGGGGCUAUUAUGAAAUAAGCUACCAAUAUUUAGCUGAGGCCCAUGUCCAAGCAAUGCAGUUUGAAAGAGCAGAAGAAUUGUGCAAGAAAACUCUUGAAAUUCACCGUGCUCAUAGUGAACCAGCAUCUCUUGAAGAGGCAGCUGACCGCCGGCUGAUGGCUCUCAUAUGUGAGGCAAAGGGAGAUUAUGAAUCAGCACUUGAACAUCUUGUCCUUGCCAGCAUGGCAAUGAUUGCAAAUGGGCAAGAAAAUGAGGUUGCUGCUAUUGAUGUCAGCAUAGGUAACAUUUACAUGUCUCUUUGUCGCUUUGAUGAGGCCGUCUUCUCUUAUCAGAAGGCACUCACUGUUUUAAAGUCAUCAAAGGGCGACAACCACCCUUCUGUUGCCUCUGUCUUUGUUCGCCUUGCUGACCUAUAUCAUAGAACCGGAAAGAUCCGAGAGUCCAAAUCAUAUUGUGAGAAUUCCCUGAGGAUAUAUGUGAAGCCUGUGCCUGGAACAACGGCAGAAGAGAUUUCGGGUGGGUUGACUGAAAUUUCAGCCAUUUAUGAAUCCAUGGAUGAGCCUGAGGAGGCACUAAAGCUGUUGCAGAAGGCAAUGAAGUUGUUGGAGGAUAAACCAGGACAGCAAAGCACAAUUGCUGGAAUAGAAGCACGGAUGGGAGUGAUGUUUUGCAUGCUUGGGAGAUAUGAAGAAGCAAGGAGCUCUUUUGAGAGUGCUAUAGUGAAACUUAGAGCUAGUGGAGAGAAGAAGUCGCCUUUCUUUGGGGUUGUGCUGAACCAGAUGGGAUUGGCUUGUGUACAGUUGUUCAAGAUAGAUGAGGCUGCUGAGUUGUUUGAAGAAGCGAGGGGGAUAUUAGAACAAGAGUGUGGUCCUUGUCAUCAAGAUACUCUUGGAGUAUAUAGCAAUCUCGCUGCAACCUAUGAUGCUAUGGGGAGAGUUGAAGAUGCAAUUGAAAUUUUGGAGUAUGUCCUUAAACUGCGAGAAGAAAAGCUCGGAAUUGCAAAUCCUGAUUUUGAAGAUGAGAAGAGAAGACUAACUGAGCUUCUGAAAGAAGCAGGUAGGACCCGAGACAGAAAAGCGAAGUCACUGGAAAACCUUAUUGAUCCAAACUCGAAGAAGACGAAGAAAGAGGGCACAAAGAGGUGGGGUGGCUUGGGCUUCAGACUUUGA